AUGGGACUUUUUGUGAACGAACAAAAUCUGCCUACGGCUGUAGAUCGAAACUACGACGGAAAGCGUGUAGACCACUUACCACUUGAACCAAAGGAGAAAAGGGACAUAAGGCCCCCUGAAUGUUCUGCUUCGUGUGUAAAGCCAGUUUGUACCGGAUCGGAUUGUUUUCUGCUACGCUUCAAGUUGGACGAGGAAGAUCCAUUAGCGAGCUGCUCGUUUGAAACAGUAGAGCCAACUCACCUCGCUAAGGGCGUCAGACUGGCGUCCAUCAUAGCCCGCAGCGAGCUCUCAUCCGUGCAUCAUCUUAAACCGUCGGUGCAUUUAAAGGAAGAAAGCGCAAUAGCCAAAAAUAUCAAUUCUAUACGCAGUGCACGAAGUGACGCUUAUAUGUUUGAUCUCCCCAAUAUGACCAGAGAACUCACCGAGAAGAUUGUCAGGCGAGAAUUCACACGAAAGGAUAUUUUUCGUACGGCUAUCACAUUCAUAACGGAUUACGCCGAAGUUGACGUCAUCUAUUUACACAUACAAGAAAAUGAAUGUGGGGAAGUUACCCUUCUCAAGAGUGAUUGUGCCAGUCAGUUUAAGUACACUCUUCCAGGUGAAAACUCAGCCUUCUGCACUCCCUCUACGGCUGCGUUUCGGUCAGGCAAUAUGGUAAUAGCCAACUUUGUGAUGCGUGAUGCGAGAUGGAGCAAAGAAAUGCUGUUUUACGGAUCUCCUUUUAGACAUUCUUUUGCCUAUCCGUUGUUCUCAAUUAAUGGAAACGUAAUUGGCAAGUUUUUUUACCUUUCGCUUACUGGAGCUGUCAUUGAACUGCUGCGUCAAAAUAGUCGACCCCAGUUUGACCAAAGAUCAGUGAAGACUUACGCAAAGGAAAUUGUUCAGGCCGAAAGAUGUACUCUUUUUUUGGUGGAUCAUCAGAAACAGGAGCUCAUCUCUUCCAUACUCGAUCGUGGCAAUCUUCACCAAACCAAAUUUGAAACAGUUGAACAAAUCAGGCUUCCUCUCAGUGUUGGGGUAGCAGGUUACGUGGCGCGCACGGGCGAAUGUCUCGUCACCAAUGAUCCAAAAUCCGACGAAAAGUUCUAUCAAUACGAUGGCAUAUUCAAUGAUAACUUUCAAAUCACCAACAUGGUAACCAUCCCGAUUAAGGUCGGAAACGAUCCACUGUUUUCUCCAUGGCGAAUGCCGGACGAAGAAAUGCCCGCGUCCUUCAUUUACAUGGUCCAUGAUGUCAUUGGUCCGUCAAAAAUUGACCUUCACACAUUAAUUCGGUUUACUCUGACAGUACGAAAGAACUACCGCGAUGUAAUUUAUCACAAUUGGUAUCAUGGUUUUUCGGUGGCUCACGCUGCGUAUGCGCAGAUUAAGUGCGAAGAUGCCAAAUUCACGGAGGUCGAAAAGCUGUGUAUUCUUAUCGCUGCACUGUGCCACGAUCUUGAUCACCGUGGGAGGGAUAACAGCUAUCAACGGAAGAAGGGUACUCCCCUUGCCACCCUCUACUCAACCUCCAUUCUAGAGCAUCACCAUUUUAACAUGACGCUUACUAUUUUGCAGGUAUUUAAUUCUUAUUCGAUACCCACGGAGUUCAAAUUUCUCACGGGUUACCUGAUUGCGAAGGCUUUAGGAUUCAACAGCCUGGAAAUCAAAUAUUCGCAAACGUUGCUGGAGCAUCCUAUUAUGAAAAAAAGCUGUAUCUGUGGUUAUUAUUACAAACCGCGACUGCUCCAAACUAUUUACUUUCUCUUUAAGAUCUUGAUGAUUAUUAAACAUGCAAUUCUCUCGACUGACCUUAGCCGACUGGAAGGUUCAAAGAAAAUUGUGAGGGAUUUGCUGGCGAAGUCUGACGGUGUUAACUGGCAGCAAAAAGAAGAGAGAAUGGCGACAGUAGCCGUUUUGCUACCGGCUUCAGAUUUGUGCAGCAUGUACAAACCAUGGGACGUUCACUGGAAGGUUGUUCUUAUCGUUAUGGAAGAAAUGUGGGCUCAGGGUGAUGAAGAAAAAAAGAAUGGGUCGAUUCCGAUUGAUGUGAUGAAUCGCGACCUGUAUCACCAACUUCCAGAAAUCCAGAUAAACUUCUUCAAAGGCAUAUGUUUGCCUCUCUUUCGACUUGUGGCUCAGGCUAUGCCUUCCUUGCGGACAAUACCCAAGCAAGCAGCUUCAAACUUCGCUCAGUGGUCAGAGAUGUGUCUCCUUCCAGAGACCGCCAAGCGGGAUCGAGUCAAGGAACUGCUGCGACACCAUCCCAGUAGUUCAAAGGGCAUGCAUUUAAAAUGA